UUGUAGAGGAUUAUUAUCCUAAUCGUGUUGCAAUGCAAUUCGGGCUAGGGCAAGAUCUGCCUGGUUUGGUUGCUCAUCAGAGCAACUUCACAAGAAAUGAAGCUUGGGAUGAUUACAAUAAAUGUCUUGAUGGUUUAAAGUUGUACAUGCCUUCUCAUCUUUCUACAAGUUCUGUUACUGCGAGAUACAGAGACUGGUGGCUGAAAUCAGUUUCAGAGUUUUUGGGUUCUAAAGAGGUGCAGAAAGAGCCACGUGAAACUUUUAAUGCAAGGAAUACAUUUGAUAAAUAUGAUGAUGGUGAUAUUGAUGUAUCUCUCAAGGCAUUGCCUUUGAUUCCAGUGGUUCAGAAUUUGCAAGAAGGUUUUACUGUAAAACGCCGAAGAUCUAGGAUGCGCAGCUUAGCAAAGAUAUAUAAGAUAGGUGCGUUGGUGAACACUCUUGUGUCUUCAGGUUGGAAGAUGAACAAGACAAGUGGGGAUUUGACAAACAAGAGAAGCAGUUACGAAUCUUUGCACAUGAAAACAGCUUGUGGCAAUGGUAAUGAGAGUUCUAUGGAUGAAGAAGAUGUUAACAUGACCAUUUCUCAAAUCAUCAGAUGUGGGAAGAAGUAUAGUGAUGCAGAUAAACCAGGAGGAGAUGCUUCUGAAUCACUCGGAAAAAGAAGUAGAAGAUAUCUGGUGGCGGACAGUGAUGAUGAUUUAGGGCCUUGUCAAAAUAAUGCUUCGAGAAAACUAGAACAAAGGAGUGAAGAGGAUGAUGAAACUGCAAAACAACCAGAAAAGACAAGGCAAAGAUGUGAUGAUGUAAAUGGAAGUAAUGCAGAGAAGAAGACUAUGAUUGAUGACAGAACGAAGGAAGCAGAGUGUUGGCUCCAUAGAGAUAGAGAAAAGCAGAGAUGCAUUGAAAAGCUUUGCAGUGAAGUUAAGACGGGAGAAGAUAUUGAUGAAAGAUUGAGGCAGAGAAAGCUUGCAAUAAAGGAGAUAGGAGUGAAGCUGGAGGCACGUAUUAUGAAGGUGGAGAAGAGUUUGGCCAAGAUUAGAAAAUGGAAAACCAGACCUCAUAAUGGUCACCGGAACAAUUCCUCACGGGGUGCAGCUUGGAGUGAUUAUAACAAACCUAUCAGUGCAAUCGAAGUAUGCAUACCUUCCCGUUCUAUGAUACCUCGUGUUACCACGGGGUUCUGCGAGUGGUGGAGGAAGACGUUUCCAGAAUUCCAGAAGUAUUCUUCUAAGGAGAAGGGUGUUGUUGAAUCAGCUGAAACAUCGAAUGCAAGAAACAUCAUUGUUCCUUCAGGCUCUAAGAUGAACAUUGCAAGCAAUGAUGAAAUGGAUAUAGCUGAGUGUUUAAACAAGAAACGAAAAGGCAUGGAGGAAGCUCGUGACAAGAGACGCAAGUACUUGAAUCAAGCUCCUGAAACAGGUUCUAAAACAGUGGCUGGUGAAAGUGGAAAGAAUAUGGCAUUGAUCCCAUUUUUUGGAAACAAAUCUUCAGAUCCUCCCCUUGGUGUUAAUAAAAGAGCACUUGACAUUGUUGUGUAUGGAAGCAAUGCUGAUCUGAUCGAUGAUGGCAGCAAGAAACCAAAGUGCAUGGAGCAAGAUCGUGACAAGAGACGCAAGUACACAAGUCAAGCUCUUGAAAUAGGUUCUAAAAGUAUGGCUGAUGAAAGUGGAAACAAUAUUGCAUUGAUUCCAUUUGUUGGAAACAAGACUUCAGAUCCUCCCCUUGGUGGUAAUGAAGGAGUACUUGACAUCACUGUUGUGUAUGGUAGCAAUGCCGAUCUGAUCGAUGAUGGUAGCAAGAAACCAGAGUGUUUGCUCAAAGAAGAUGGUAUCAUAGCAGGACGCUCAGAUGAGAAGUUGUGCAGUAAUGAAGCUGAGAAGGAAGUUGAUGACUCAUGCGAAAAGAGAUUUGAAGAGCUGAAAGUGAUGUCAUCAACGUUAGAAGAGACUAUUAAUAAGGUAUCAAAGAAGGUGACAUUGAUGAAAGAAAGGAAGGUCGAGAAACUGAGAAAAAUUGCAGCAGCUCGUUUCAUCUAGGAGGGUUCGAGGUUGUUCUGGGAAGUCCAAUGCAAUUAUAUAGAAUAAUCAAAGAUCAACCUCACCUCUCUGAGGUUUUGGUUUACUAUUAUCUUUAAAUGUUUCAUUUGAAUUCAGUUAUGAGCUAGUAGCUUCUUGGUGUGUUGCAGAUCAGAUACUUGUUACUGGUAUAUGCAUUGGUAUAGGCAUUUGUUAUAAGUUCCAGACUUUGAAUCAUAAGAAAGCCAGCCAGCUCCCAACAAUUCAUUGUA